AUGCGAACAGUUCGUGCAGGUGCAUUUCACGUAUUUGUUAGCUCUCCCUUCAAAGGCAGGAAACAUCGAAAGAAGAGAAGCAAACCGGCACCUGACAGAGAGAUUGCAGUGCUCAUUACUGCUGUGGACGGUGAACCUGCGCGAUUCCAUAAGCGUUUGAAGUCCGUUUUGUUGAAUCUUCUACGACUAAGUUCGAGAUUGGAUGUUAGAUUUCAUCGAUAUAACGGUAUCGAUAUAACGGCUGGAGCAAGCCUUUGGCCCAUAGCAGGUCCUCUUAUCCGAAAUAUGGUCAAGACAGCAACAGCAAUGUGCACAGAGGAUAGAGAACGGGAGGAAUCACUAAAACUAGCCACAAGCAUAGCUGAUGGAAAUCCUGUCAAGUGCGAGUCGUCAACAGUAGAAAACUCAGAUCAGGUACCAUUUAUAAAGAAGGAGAAUGAAGAACCUACUGUUUUCCCAUCCUAUCCAGCAGCAGAGCAGUCGACAGUAGUUGCGCAAGAAUGUCCUUGCGUUACUUCUGGAACAGCUCCAUUGCCGACAACUGUUCCCUCACAGGAUAACUGGACGGAUAUUUUGGACUCUGCUUUGUCAGAUCCCUCUCUUCCAACAAAAAUGUUUCACUGCCUGACCAUCGGAAUUAAAGGUUUGGUACAAGAAUUGGGAUUGGCAGAAUGCUAUCGAUUUAAAUAUGUCCAUGAAGGCAACUUGGAAGAAGUGAAAGAAACGGUAGUAUGCGAGCUAUCAAAAGUAAUCCUGGAAACUGAAGCGGAUCGUGUUCUGACGGCUGCUAUAACUUCUUGCAAGGGAAGUAUUGCUGAAGACGGAUUCCAUCAGAGGAUUAGAAGUGUAUUUCCACAACGUCUGAGCAGCGCACGGGAGUUUUUGCGAAAUGGAGCAGCUAGCGAGGAGCAUCUAUAUCGCUUUAUAGAAGAGACGGCAAAUGUUUUUCCGAGAGGUUUUCUUGGAAGAAGGAACACUGAGAAACUUCUGAAAGUGAUUUCCCACACUCUUUGUUUGUGGAAACCCAAGCAGGCGUUGUCUAUUCCUAUGCUUUCUCUAAAUAUUUUGGAAUGUGAUGUUUGUCGAGCACUCAGGAGUCGGAAGGCAGCUGUUGCGGUGCCAGUCUCAAAUCUGCAGCGACAGCUGAUACUUAGGAUAGCAAGAUUUUUAACAAAAUUUAUACUAGCCAAUUUGAUAGACUUCGCGUUCUUCUUCUCCGCAACCAAAAACUCUGAGUAUCUGAUUUUCGACAAGAAGGGGUUCAAAUUCUGGAAGUCAGUCGAGAAGAGGAAAUUCUUGCGGGAUUAUCAUGUGAAGACUGCUCCGACAUGUGGUUACACGUCUUCUCGUUUCAUUGUUAACUCUACUCCUUGCAGAACAACUGUCAAAAACAUCUCUCAAGACGGUUACUUCCGUAGGAAUCAACUAAGAGUGCUGGCUACUUGCUUAGAUGGUUACAUAAAAGCAGCUAAAUUGAAACCAGCCGGUGGGCUUUCAUAUGAAAUCAAAAGGUUGAAGCGAUUUUUAAAAGGACAUGAUUUGCGGCACCGUCUUGUCGGAAAGUCAAAACUGAAGGUUCAAUAUCAAAGGUUGUAUUUUGCGAAGGCGGAUAUUAGCAACUGUUUUGCCAAUAUCGAUCGAAAAAUUCUAGAGAAAGCACUAAAAGAUCUCUUAGGUGAUCGGAGUAUGACUUUUGUAUACGGAUAUGGUAAGGUUAAUAAGUCUACAAGCGUUCGUGUUGAUGCAGCUGCGGCUACCUAUGAGGAGGCUGUCAAGUCCAUGAUACUAGCAAUGAAAAAGAAACGCUUACGGGAUAGCACACGAAUCCCAGUGAAUGCUCAGGAAAUAGGAGCUAGCCAGAUCAUUACUACUAUAAUGAACCUCCUGAAUAGCAUUACGUUUUCCUUGGACAACAGUGACACGGUAUACAAAAUGGGUAAAGGAGUACCACAAGGAUUUCAACUCUCUUGUCGCCUUGCUCAUAUAUAUCUUCUUUACUUUGAGCAGAUGUCAUGGAAGCAUUUGUCUUGGCAUACAUGCCUAUUGCGUUAUGUUGACGAUUACUUAGUUUGUUCAUAUAACCGUUCUGAAGUGCAGCAGUCAAUUAUUUUUAAAGGGAAGCCUAGAGCUGAAUGCACGCUAAUUUAUAUUUCUGCUUUGUUCGUUAUCCAUAUUAAUCUUGUCUAA